UUCUUACAAAAGACGACUCAACUGAAAUAUAAUGUGAUUGAUGCGGAGGUUGCCUUCGUCGAUCUCUGUGUGGAACAAAAUCUCCCAUUUUCAAUUAUGGACAAAAUAACAGCCAUAUGUAAAACCAAGUUCAGUGACUCUGAAAUCGCCAAAUCGUUUGCAUGCGGGCGCUCAAAAACAACGGCAAUUGUACAGAAAAAUGCCCAGCAUACCCAGAAACGUUUGAUCGACAUAAUCAAAGACAACCCUUUUACCAUAUCGACAGAUGGUAGCAACGAUACGGAGAAACUAUUCCCUCUUGUGAUUAGAUGCGUCGAUCCACAAACUUCUGAGGUCAGAUCAGACGUGCUGAGUGUGCCGACUUGUAAAGGAUCAGCAACAGAGAUUGUUCAUGUUCAGUUUUUUUUUUAACAAUCGUUCUGCCUGCUGACUGAUCAUUGAUGCAUGAUGGGAAGGCCAUAUUUGAUCUGAUUGACAAAGUGUUUCAAGAUGAACACAUUCCCUGGACAAAUUGUAUAGCACUAGGGUCUGAUAAUGCCAAUGUGAUGGUCGGGAAGAAGAAUGGAGUGUAUGGACAUAUGCUUACAGUUCACCCUUCCAUUUAUCUGUCUGGCUGCGCGUGUCAUCUGAUUCACCAUGCAGCUGAAAAUGCUGCUCAUUGCCUUCCAUUCAGCAUUGAUCAGAUUCUUGUGGAUGUCUACUAUUACCUAGACAAGAGUUCACUACGAAAAUCUUCGCUCAAAGCAAUGCAGGUGCUUCACGAGCUAAAAGAUGCUGACAUGCUGAAACAUGUGUGCACCCGCUGGUUAAGUGUUUCAAGAUGCCUUAACAGAGUUCUUGAGAACUGGGAUCCGCUUCUCCAAUUCAUUAGAGAGGAAAGUUCUUCAACAAGCUCAAAGCAAGCUGAUCGUCUUGACCGAAUGAAGGCAUUCUUCAAGUCACCAACAAACAGAUUGUAUUGUUUGUUUUUGAAGCAUGCCAUAGCUGUUUUUGAUAAAUAUAACACAGAGCUGCAGUGUGCUGAACCAAAGAUCCAUGUUCUGCGUAGACGCCUGCACAGUCUGCUCAAAGAACUCUUAGUAAUGUUCGUCAAACCGUCAGCUAUGAUUUACAAGGGUGUCCUUGAUGUGCAGUUCACUGUAUCCAGCAACAUUAAGGCUGAAAAUGAUCUGCUCAUUGGAGAUGAGGCAAAAGCAUUUCUUUCUCAGAAGAAAGACAACCACCUGAGGGAUAAGCGAAUUCAGGAAUUCCACAAGAAUGUGAAAUCAUUCUUCUCAACAGCCUGUUCAUACAUUAAACAGAAGCUGCCUCUUUCAUGUGAAUUGCUGAAACAUGCAGAAGUCACAGACAUGCAGCGGCAGACUGAAAGCUAUCAGUCAUCAGUACAGUUCUUUCUGAAGAAGUUCCCAUGCCUGAUACCAGAAGAGGAGAGAGGGAAACUGGAAAGCGAGUUUGCUCUAUAUCAGGUAACUGACAUCAGGGAUAUCAAGAAGGAUCGGCUGGAUGAAGCAUGGGCAGAAAUGGGACAGAUGAAAGAUGAGAAUGGUGUACAGAUGUUUCAAGUUCUGCCCAAGUUCAUGUUAAGGAUCCUAACCAUCCCACACUCCAGUGCACACUGUGAAAGAGUUUUCAGCAUGGUCAGAAAAACUCACACUGCAUUCAGGCCUAACAUGAGCUCUCAAACCCUGGAGGCUAUUUUGAUAAACAAAUCAAGAUCAGGGAAUGCUGGGGCCAGGAGUUACACCAGGAAACAACUAGAUAGCCUUAAAUCCUGUUAUGUUGAAUCACUCAGUAAGCAUGUGUAGAGAAAUAAACAAUAGGGAAACCUCUAGGAGUGUGAUCAUGCUUUAGUUUUAGAAACUAGUGCAUCAUACAGUUGCUAGCACAGGACAAUUUAAUUUCUACACAUUUAGACUUUGCAAAUAUUUCAUUCUAUGAAUUGUCUUGUAGAAAAUCUUUAACUUAAUUUUCUAUAGUAAAUCAUUUAUCUUAAAAAAGUUACCAAUUGAUAAACGAAGUGACAGGUUGGACGAACUAUAAUUAAAGCUGUGGUUUUAUUAACAACUUUUUACAGUGAAUGUGUAAUUUGUUAAAUCAUACAAUGAAUUUAAUCUGUGAAUAAUAAAAUUGUGUAUCAAUAAAUUCUGAUGAAAUAAAUAAUGGUUAUCCUAAACUUUUUACCAUUUCAUUCAUUGUUUUUUCAUA